GCCAUUUUCCGUCCGGGCAACACAAGAUGGCGGCUCCCAGGGCCGGGCUCUGAGCGGGGGCCGGAGGAGGGCGGCGGAGCGGCCCGGCGGCGGCGCGGGGAGGCGUAGCUGCCCCGCGCGGGCUCCGUCCCUCGCCAGAGGGCCGCGGCGCCGGGGGCGUCCCCUCGCCCGGCGGGGGCAGGCGGCCGGGCGCCCGGCUUCGCGGCGGCUCCCGUCUCUCCCGCCCCCUCCCCGGCCGGGGGAGGCGGAGGCGGCCCUUCGGCCUGUCCCGGCGCCUCCGCUCGCUCCUCGUGGGAAGCAGCCCCCGCCCGCCCGCCGCUGCCGCGGCCCCCGGAGCGUUUCCCCUCAGGGGCCCGCACGUGAGCCCGGCCCGGCCGCAGCGCGCCCCCCUCAUGGCGGCCGCCGCGCCCGUGGCCCCGAGCGCGGGCUCCCCCGCAGGCGGCGGCGGGGGCGCCCCGGGGCUGCUGCAGCCCCGCUGGAAGCGGGUGGUGGGCUGGUCGGGCCCCGUGCCUCGGCCGCGCCACGGGCACCGCGCCGUGGCCAUCAAGGAGCUGAUCGUGGUCUUCGGCGGGGGCAACGAGGGCAUCGUGGACGAGCUGCACGUCUACAACACAGCUACAAAUCAGUGGUUCAUCCCAGCUGUGCGGGGAGACAUCCCCCCUGGUUGUGCCGCCUAUGGGUUUGUUUGUGACGGAACUCGCUUGUUGGUGUUUGGAGGGAUGGUGGAGUAUGGCAAGUAUAGCAACGACCUCUAUGAACUUCAGGCUAGCCGCUGGGAGUGGAAAAGACUGAAAGCCAAAACUCCGAAGAAUGGCCCCCCACCUUGCCCACGGCUUGGCCAUAGCUUCUCAUUGGUGGGCAACAAGUGCUACCUAUUUGGGGGGCUGGCCAAUGACAGUGAAGACCCCAAGAACAACAUUCCCAGAUACCUGAAUGAUCUCUACAUCUUGGAGCUGCGUCCAGGUACGGGUGUGGUAGCCUGGGACAUCCCUAUCACAUAUGGCGUGCUGCCUCCCCCACGGGAGUCCCACACUGCUGUCGUGUACACAGAAAAGGACAACAAAAAAUCAAAGCUGGUUAUAUAUGGCGGCAUGAGUGGCUGUCGUCUGGGUGACCUCUGGACACUGGACAUUGAUUCUUUGACGUGGAAUAAGCCCACGCUGAGUGGUGUGGCUCCUCUUCCACGCAGCCUGCAUUCAGCCACAACUAUUGGGAACAAGAUGUACGUGUUUGGGGGCUGGGUGCCGCUCGUCAUGGAUGACGUUAAAGUGGCCACACAUGAAAAAGAGUGGAAAUGCACAAACACCCUAGCUUGCCUCAAUCUAGACUCUAUGGCUUGGGAGCCCAUUCUGAUGGACACGCUAGAGGAUAAUAUUCCACGAGCGCGAGCUGGCCACUGCGCUGUGGCCAUCAAUACACGCUUGUAUAUCUGGAGUGGGCGUGACGGCUACCGCAAGGCAUGGAAUAACCAGGUCUGCUGCAAGGAUCUCUGGUACCUUGAGACAGAGAAACCUCCUUCGCCUUCUCGGGUGCAGCUGGUCCGUGCCAAUACCAACUCCUUGGAAGUGAGCUGGGGCUCCGUCCCAACUGCCGACACUUACUUACUGCAGCUGCAAAAAUACGACAUCCCGGCUGCCACCUCACCCGCUGCCAACCCUGUGCCCUCUGUGCCUGUCAAUCCCCCCAAAAGCCCUGCUCCUGCGGCAGCCGCCCCGGCCAGUGCUGUGCAGCCCCUGGCACAAAUGGGCAUCACUCUGCUGCCCCAGGCUACCGCUGUUGCUGCCGCCGCAGCCGCCGCUGCUCCUGCUCCACCUACCACAACCACCAUUCAGGUGCUGCCUACCGUGCCUAGCAGCCCUAUGCCAAUGCCUGCUCCUGUUGCUGCAGCCGCCGCCGCCGCCCCCCGCCCGCAAGCGGUCCCAGCUGUGCUGAAAGUCACAGGCCCACAGGCGACCACAGGCCCUCCGCUGGUCACGGUGCGUUCAGCGGGGCAGGCUGGGAAGGGCCCAGUGACAGUUACUUCUCUGCCAGCCGGUGUGCGCAUGGUGGUGCCCACGCAGAGCGCUCAAGGGACAGUGAUUGGCAGCAGCCCGCAGAUGAGCGGCAUGGCUGCUUUGGCAGCGGCGGCCGCCGCCACUCAGAAAAUCCCGCCCUCCUCUGCUCCAACUGUGCUGAGUGUCCCUGCUGGCACCACCAUAGUUAAGACGGUGGCCGUUUCUCCCGGCACCACCACGCUGCCCACCACAGUCAAGGUGGCCUCUUCUCCUGUCAUGCAGGUGAGCAACCCAGCAACCCGCAUGCUGAAGACUGCAGCUGCCCAAGUUGGCACCUCAGUUUCGUCUACCACUAACACGCCUACCCGCCCUAUCAUCACCGUGCACAAGUCGGGCACCGUCACUGUAGCACAGCAGGCUCAAGUGAUGACCACGGUGGUUGGCGGGGUGACCAAGACCAUCACACUGGUGAAAAGCCCCAUCUCAGUUCCUGGAGGGAGCGCAUUGAUUUCCAACUUGGGUAAGGUGAUGUCUGUUGUUCAAACCAAACCAGUCCAGACAUCGGCUGUGACAGGACAGGCAUCUACUGGUCCCGUGACCCAGAUAAUCCAAACCAAAGGGCCCCUGCCUGCGGGCACCAUCUUGAAGCUGGUGACCUCAGCAGAUGGCAAGCCUACCACGAUCAUCACCAGUUCCCAAGCAGGUGGUACAGGCACCAAACCCACCAUCUUGGGGAUCAGCAGUGUGUCUCCAAACACCACAAAACCUGGCACCACCACGAUCAUCAAAACCAUCCCCAUGUCAGCUAUUAUUACCCAGUCUGGGGCCACAGGCGUGACCAGCAGUCCCGGAAUCAAGUCUCCCAUUACCAUAAUCACCACCAAAGUGAUGACAUCUGGUACUGGCACACCUGCCAAGAUCAUCACAGCAGUACCCAAGCUGGGCACAAGUCAUGGGCAGCAGGGUGUGACACAGGUAGUGCUUAAAGGAGCACCAGGACAGCCUGGCACCAUCCUUCGGACUGUCCCUAUGGGAGGAGUGCGGCUGGUCACCCCUGUCACUGUGUCUGCUGUCAAGCCCACAGUCACCACCUUAGUAGUGAAAGGGACCACAGGUGUCACAACUUUGGGCACUGUGACGGGCACGGUCUCAACCAGCCUGGCUGGGACUGGAGGGCACAAUACCAAUGCCUCCCUGGCUACCCCAAUUACCACUUUGGGCACCAUUGCCACACUUUCCAGUCAAGUCAUCAACCCAGCUGCUAUCACGGUUUCAGCAGCACAGACCACCUUGACGGCAGCAGGGGGGCUGACCACCCCCACCAUCACCAUGCAGCCUGUCUCACAGCCCACCCAGGUCACCCUGAUUACGACGCCCAGCGGAGUUGAGGCCCAGCCAGUGCAUGACCUGCCUGUCUCCAUCUUGGCUUCACCCACCACAGAGCAGCCCACAGCCACCGUCACCAUUGCUGAAUCAGGACAGGGUGACGCACAGCCAGGCACUGUCACACUUGUGUGCUCCAACCCGCCUUGCGAGACACAUGACACUGGCACAACCAACACUGCUACAACAACUGUGGUUGGCACUUUGGGCGGGGCAACCCAGGUGCAGUUUGUAUGCGAUGGGCAAGAGGGUGGUGGGCUGCAGCCCAAUGGUAGAGUUGUGCGGGUCUGCUCCAAUCCGCCUUGUGAGACCCACGAGACGGGUACCACCAACACAGCCACCAAUGUGUUGAGCGUUGGGCAAAGGGUCUGCUCCAACCCCCCUUGUGAGACCCACGAGACGGGUACCACCAACACAGCCACCAAUGUGUUGAGCGUUGGGCAAAGGGUCUGCUCCAACCCCCCUUGUGAGACCCACGAGACGGGUACCACCAACACAGCCACCACGUCCCGGACAGAGAGGACUCCUGCAGAGCCUCCGUGCCAAACAUUUCAGACCAGCGCCACUAGCACCACAAUGACAGUGAAGCCCAUCGUGGGCGCAGGCCAGCUAACAUGCUCUAAUCCGCCCCACGAAACUCAUGAGACAGGUACCACCAAUACAGCCACCACUGCCACCUCUCACAUAGGCCGGGGGCAACCUGAUGGUGGACAGAAAGAACCAGCUGAUCCUCCGUGCCAAACAAAGCAGACCAACACCACCAGCACCACCAUGUCUGCCAAAGCAGAUGUGCCGACAGAGCAACCGUGCACGGUCAGAAUGGUGAGUUCACUGCUGCAGACGCCAGGUACCAGUGUACCAAUCACUGCCUCUGGCACCGGGCUGGCACAGGCCAGUGGAGGACAGCCAGCCCCGAGAACGCUUCAGUGCGAAUCCCAUCACACCCACACGACCAAUACUGCCACCACAGCUCGAUCUCUCAUGGGCCGAGGGCAGCCUGAUGGUGAGUGGGUAGGGUCCGCCAACCCUCCGUGCCAAACGCAGCAGACCAGUUCCACCAGCACCACCAUGUCUGCCAAAGCUGAUGUGCCUGUGAAGCAGCCGUGCACGAUACCGAUGGCAUCGCCGGAGUUGGCCUCGAGGCCAGUGCUUUCGGCAGGCACCAAGGAAGCAGGUGCUCCCGUGUGCUCCAACCCACCUUGUGAGACUCAUGAAACUGGCACCACCAACACGACGACUGUAGCCUCUUCCAGCAUGGGCACUGCCCAGAGGAUGUGCUCUAACCCUCCGUGUGAGACCCACGAGACGGGCACCACCAACACAGCCACCACAGCCACUUCCAGCAUGGGCACAGGGCAGCAAGGGUGCGCCAACCCUCCGUGUGAGACCCACGAGACGGGCACCACCAACACAGCCACCACCACGACAUCAAAUGUAGGUGCUGGGCAGCAAGUGUGCUCCAAUCCUCCUUGUGAGACCCAUGAAACAGGCACCACCAACACAGCUACUACGUCCACAUCGAACAUGGGCAGUGGGCAGGGCGAAAGCGCUCAGCAAACUCCUGCUGCUCCUCCCUGUGAAACACAGCAGACCACCUCCACUGGCACCACCAUGACGCCCAACAUUGAAGACCAGCCACCUGCUACCAAUGGCCAACAGGGGGAGCCCGAGAGCGUCCUGGCCGAGAGCACAGCGGCCAGCAGUCCCGGCGCCGGCGCAGCCUCCGUUCCCUCCACCCAGGCCAGGGCUGUCACCACUGUCACGCAGUCCACGCCCCCUCCGAGACCCUCAGUGCCGAGCAUCUCGUCCCUGGCUGAUGCCCCCACUGUGGAGGAGGCUCCCCCUGCCGAGACACUGGCCACCACCAGCACAGAUACUCUCCCGGGGGCUGCUGAGCCACUGCGGCCCUUGGCAGAGAUGCAGGCAGCAGCCCCUGCGCCGCAGGAGUCGGCCCCGGCCACUGUGCCAGCAGGCACUCCACCCACAGAAGGCCCACCGGCUGAAGCUGUUCCCCAACCAGAGCUUCCAGCUCCUGUGGAAGAGGUGCCUCCACCCCCAGCAGCCCCUGCCCAGGAGCCUGUGGCUAUGGUGGUGCUGCCACAGACCACCCCUGCAGCCCCUCCGCCUCCCGAGGUGGAGCCAUUAGCACUGCCCCAGGAGCUGAUGGCGGAGAGUCAGGCUGGCACCACAACACUGAUGGUGACGGGGUUGACACCAGAGGAGCUGGCUGUGACCGCUGCUGCGGAAGCUGCUGCCCAGGCAGCUGCCACGGAAGAGGCCCAAGCCCUGGCCAUUCAGGCUGUUUUGCAAGCAGCCCAGCAGGCUGUGAUGGGCUCUGGAGAGGCCAUGGACACAUCAGAGGCGGCGGCAGCAGCAGCACAGGCUGAGAUGAGCCACUUGGGCUCCGAGGGCCACGAGAGCCAGCCCACGGCCAUCCCCAUUGUGCUCACCCAGCAAGAGUUGGCCGCUCUUGUGCAGCAGCAGCAGCAGCUCCAAGAGGCUCAGGCUGCGGCCGCGGCUGCCGCCCAACCACACCCACCUCAGCACCCGCUGCCUUCCCACUUGCCUACUGAAGCGCUGGCCCCUGCUGAUAGCCUCAACGACCCAGCGAGUGAAAGCAACGGCCUGAACGAGUUGGCCAGUGCUGUCACCAGCACAGUAGGGCUGCUGCCCCCCACGCCGACGGAGAGCCUUGCUCCAUCUAACACCUUUGUGGCCCCACAACCUGUCGUAGUUGCCAGCCCAGCAAAGCUUCAGGCAGCAGCUGCUUUGGCAGAGGUUGCGAAUGGGAUUGAACCGGCUCCAGUGAAACCAGAGCCUCCUACGCAGCCUCCAAAAGUGGUCAUGAAGAAGGAAAAUCAGUGGUUUGAUGUAGGUGUAGUCAAGACAACCAACAUGAUGGUGACGCACUACUUCCUGCCAGCUGAUGAUGCUCCUGCCACAGAGGAUGACUCGGGCACCCUUCCUGAUUAUUCUCAGCUCAAGAAACAGGAGCUGCAGCCUGGCACAGCUUAUAAAUUCCGAGUGGCAGGAAUCAAUGCCUGCGGCCGGGGCCCUUUCAGUGAAAUCUCUGCAUUCAAGACCUGCCUGCCUGGCUUUCCCGGAGCCCCCUGUGCCAUUAAGAUUAGCAAGAGUCCAGAUGGAGCUCACCUCACUUGGGAGCCCCCCUCCGUGACUUCCGGGAAGAUCACAGAGUACUCUGUGUACUUGGCCAUCCAGAGUGCCCAAGCCAGUGAGCCCAAGACUGCAGCCCCUGCUCAGCUGGCCUUCAUGCGGGUUUACUGCGGGCCCAGCCCCUCGUGCCUGGUGCAGUCAGCCAGCCUCUCCAACGCCCACAUAGACUACACCACCAAGCCUGCCAUCAUCUUCCGCAUUGCUGCGCGCAAUGAGAAGGGCUAUGGCCCUGCCACACAGGUCCGGUGGCUGCAAGAGUCCAGCAAGGAUGGGUCCAUGAUAAAACCAGCCAACAAGAGGCCGCUUUCCUCACCUGAUCUGAAAACUGCUCCAAAGAAGCCCAAGGCAGAUGGGCAGUGAAGGGUGUUCCCAGCUGUCCCCUCUUCCAGCCUGCUCCACAGCUUCCGCCUGAACCCCAUCCAGUCCGUCACUCCUGUGUGUGGAGGGAGGUGGCACCGCUGAAAGCACAUUUCACACACUGUGGGGCUGGACAAUUGGGUGGGGGAGAGGCUUGUGUGAGGGAGCUCCCCUGCAGGGGCUGUCACUGUGCCAUGCCUCUGCCUAGGAAGGGGAGAAAAGGAAUGGGAAUUCCUCCCCUGCCCCGUUUCUGCCCCACUGACAUGGACUCUGAUAUGUUUGGGGUGGGCGUGGAGGGGGAGUUUGUUACCAGGAGGGAGGAGGGCUGUUGGGUUUUUUUACAAGUUGCAGUUCCAGGAAUGAAGUUCUUUUGUAUUCCCCAGCACCCUGUGUGUGAGGGGGGUGGGGAGAAACCCUCCCUGCCUCCAGUCCUUGCCUCUGUACAGACCCUUUCCUUCAGUUUAGUUUUUAGUGUCUUGAGUUGGUAAUUGUGGGGGUGGGGAGGGGGGAUAUGAUGUGGUUGGACCACAGAUACAGCUACUCUCUGAACAUUGGGGGGGGGAUGUGUGGCUCAAUUUACAGCAGCUGUCCUAAUGCUUGGCCUGGAGCGCUUAUGGCUUCAGAUCACCCACCACUUCUUGGCCCUAGAUGUGCAGCAGAGCCCCUCCCCUUAGCAGCACAAGCCGAUUUCCCCCUCUUGUUUCUCCUCCAAGCUACAAGGUUGCUACUCCUCUCCAUGGUUUUGUAUAAAACAUUUUUUAGGGAAAAAACUUUUUUUUUAAAGUCAGUCAGGGGCGGGGGGGUGUAACCGGGCCUGCUGGGGAAUGGCUGUGGGGCAGGAGCAAGGUUGGAGGAGGCGGAUCCUGGCUGCUGAAAUGGAGCUUGUGCUCUCAAGCUAGGCAGGAAUCUCGGGUUCUCCAUGGGUAUACGCAUCCCUCCCUCUCUGGUGGUCUCUCCAGAUAUUCCACAGAGAGAACAGCUGGGGGCUUAAUGUUUAAUGAGAUACGGGGGUGGGUGGGCUCCAAACAGAAAAGCAAGCUCCCAUUGGUGCAUAUCAAUGGCUGUGGCCAUGCCCAGAGUCAAGGAGAGUGGCAGAUAAAGCAGCCCCCCCUCCCCCAAAUACCAGGAGCAGAUCCUCCCCCGCAACUCGCUCUGUGCCCUGGUCUUUUGUAUUAUAGUGUAUUUCGCUGUGUUCCCCCCCCCCUUUCCC